AUGCGCCCAUUAAGAACUUGUGAAAAAAAAAGUUUCAAAAGUUUAAUUGUAGGACUUACUGGAUCAAAUGAUGCUAUAGUUCCAAGCAGAAAACAGUUAUCAAAACAAUUAGAUUUAAAAUAUGAACUAUACGUUUCAAUGCUAAUCGAUUUAAUAGCAAAACAUGAUUAUAUUUGUGCAACAGCCGAUAUAUGGAGUGCCAAUAACCGUAGUUACAUGGGAAUGACUUAUAAUGCUUCUAACUUUGGUAAAGCAUUCAGAGUGUUUUAUUCUCUUCCAAAUCAUGAAGCAAGUACAAGUGAUUUAGGAAAUUUUGGUGAAAACAGUUCAGAGAGUUCAAAUUUUGAUAGUGGAUCUGACUGCUCAGACUUGGAUUCAGAAAGAGUUAAUUUGAAUAAUUUGUUAAAUGUGGAAUCAAACAUAGGUAACAAUGGCAGUUUUUUUUUACCUCAGCAUAUGCUAUGUUGUGCACAUACAUUGAAUUUAAUAGCAGCCAAUGAUAUUUCUAAAAUUUCUAAUAAUGAUUACAACAAAAUUUCUAAGUCAACUUUUAAUAAACUAUCAAACUUUUGGAAUUUGGCCAGUAGAAGUACAGCAGCAUCAGAUACAAUAUAUGACGUUUGCAAGUGUAAGUUCCCAGUUCCUGUGGUUACUAGGUGGAAUUCAUUGUAUGAUGCAACACAAAAAAUUUCUAAUCAUAAAAUAAAUGUAGAUAUAUUAUUUGAAAAAUUACAUUUGCCUAAAUUAAAAGUUAGUGAGUGGGCAUUCAUCGAAGAAUAUUGUUAUGUUAUGAAACAUUUGGCUUUUUCGUUAGAUAAAUUGCAAUUUGAAAAGAACAGCUACUUGGGUUAUGUUGCUCCCACUCUUUUAGCUUUAAGAAAGUUGUUAAUACAGUUCAACCAGUUAACAUAUUGUAAACCGUUAAGUCUCGCAAUUGUGACUAGUCUCGAGAAACGAUUUAGUUUUUUAUAUAAUCUAAGUGAACCAAAAAGCAAAAGUUUUAUAAUAGCAUCAAUAAGUCAUCCAAAAUUCAAAAUGGACUGGGUACCUGUUAGGUAUAGAGAUCUAUGUAAAAAAAUGUUUAUCAAUGAAUGCAAUUUGAUGUCAUCUUUAAUUACUACAAAUUCUGACUCUGCAGAUAACAGUGAUAAUAUGAGUGAUAAAGAGUUUUAUAGUAAUAUAUUAUGUGAUCAAAAUUCAAAUCAUGAUUCUCUGGAUGAAGAAAUAAAUGUUCAAGUGUUAAAAUAUUUAAAUUCAAAAAAAAAGGAGCUACAGUUAUUAAACAAUUAUCCUGUAGUUAAAAAAAUAUUUUUGAAGUACAACACCACCCUUCCGUCAUCAGCACCAGUCGAAAGAUUAUUUAGUGGUGCUGUCCAAGUUUUGACAUCAAGGCGAAAUCGUCUUGGUGAUGUUACAUUUAACAAAUUAUUGUGUUGCCGAUCCAAACAAUAG